CUGGUCAGGUAACCUCAGAGCUGCAUCUCAACAAAUGCCAGAAUAUCAAUAAUAGCAUCGUCAAUUCUAUUCUCCUGCAGUCUCUUGUCCUUAGUGCUUGAUUGAAUCCACAGGUUUAGGUCCUUCCUUCAGCGAACUAUCGAAUCGUCUCUCCGGGGGCCGUUUCAUCGCUUCAUCUGUACUUGAAACUUGCCUCGGUUGGGACUUUUCCGUGAAACAUCGCUCUCCAGCCCAUAUCUUGUACUCCUCUCGACGACAGAGAUCCUUCGUGCCGAUUUCCCGAGAGAAUUUCUGCAUCUUCUGCACGAUUUUGACAGCCUCUGCUGUGGUAGAAGCAAAGAUGGCGACCUCCGUCAAUGAUCUCCCAAACGAGAUUCUAUUCCAGAUAUUCUCCCACCUGGACCGACCUGCGCCGUCAGACUCGAAACUCCACGAUCAACCGAGCUCUUUCAUGCUGCAGAAUCUCUUCUUCGACCGUGAUCUCAAGACCACUUCCCUCGUCUGCAAGCGAUGGCGAGGUGCCGUUCUCCCUCUGCUGUUCCGCCAUGUGGUCUGGACGGUUGACCGAUUCGAGUUGCCGCUCAUGGAAGAGACGGGAGACCCGGCGUCCGCGAUCGACUUUUUGUCUUUCCUCAGGGCGAACAACCUGACCAACUAUGUCAACACGCUCUCCAUGUUUGUCGAGGAUGCUAUGGGCGGCAUAUCGGAUGGCACCAGCAGUGCCACUCUCAUGGAAACCGGCUUUGCGAACAAGGCCUCUUACAGCGAAGACUACAACUGGCUCUGGACGACAAUCUUUCAACAUAUCGAUCCCACUCGACUUACAAUGAUCGCAUCACCACGAGUGCUGGCACAAUUGCUAUCGCGCAUGCUUUUCCUCGGGGAUGCGUGGAACUUCUCCAUGCCGCAGCACGUUCUAUCACUCUCGCGCAAAGACAAAAGGACGAAGGAGACGCAAUCAGAGGCACCGGUGACAGAUUUAUCAAGUCCAUUGGCGGAAUCGGAGCCUGUCCAUCAGAAACGUGUUCCCUGUGAUCUAUUCAGCGUCCGGCCCUGGCAGUCUCUACUACUCAACGAAGGAUCCUCAACGCGCGUCUACAAGACAUACGAAUUCUACCUCAAACGUCCGCCCUCCAUCCUCGGCGCUCUUCUAGGAGCAGAAGAGUUUCCCAAUGACGAGCCCAUGAUCUCACCCUCGAUGCGCGACCUCUCCUACGUCGGCAUCUUCCCGCUAUCGAGUCACUUCAACACCCUCGUACAAAACGUCCCGCGCCUCGACCGCCUCUUCGUCCAGCUCGUCCCCCGAAACGACAUCCUCUCAGACCCCGACGAAAUGCGCAACGUCGAUCUCGCCGACCUCUGGAUGGAACGCAACACGUCCUACUCGAUGCUCUUCCGGGAGCUCUUCAACCCGAGUCCGGACAGUCCCUGGCUCGACCUCAGCGUCUUUGAGAGCGGCGACGCGGCGGACAAGGAGGCGUGGGAUAUGGCGGUGCAGUUUGUGCAGUUCAGCGGCGUGCAGGGGUGGAGAGUCGCGAGCGAGGGUGUAUUCGUGAGAGAAGGGGACGAGGAUAGCGUCGGUGCGAUCCUCGGCAUGUCUCAGCUCCCGGGUAAACUCAGACGGAUGGCGUUCAACGGAAUUGCUUCACUGCCGGUCUCUAGCGUCACGCUUUACAUGAGAGACGCAAACGGGCCAUAGAUGGGAGUUUGUAAGAUAUGUGAAGGAAAUGAGGACAGUACGUGGGCCAGCCCAACGAAGCAUCUAUUGGUACGCUUCUGCAAC